AUGGUUUUGUUAGAUUAUCUCCAGAAACCUCCUUCGCUCUGCGUCGAGGAGAGUAAUGGGCUCAAACAACUCCCGAGUUCGACGCCCGUGAGAGGUUACCUACACGAAAAUGACGAACCCUCGACAUCGCGAGACCCUCUGUCUCACCGCCCAUGGGGACUGCUCAGCCCAGCCGCGAGAAUUCUCAGGGGGAGUGUCAGUCUGGUCAAUCUACGAGUCGCGGCUUAUCGGGAUGGCUUGACGGAGGAGGAGAGGGUUGCGGGGAGGAAGAAGGAGGAGAUGAGGCAGAUCCUGGCGCUGAGGAUGAAGAAUGCGGAUACAAUGGAGAAAUGGCAAAACGCUGCGAAGGAGUUGGAUAUUCUGGAUGACAAUGAGGCUUGGAAAUAUGAUUCUACGUCUUCGGAAUUCGACGCUGAACUUAUUGAGACGCGGUUGAAGCAACUGGACGAGGCGAGGACGAACUGCGAUAUCAAGACCAUGAUGAACUUGGUGCGGACUGCUUUAUCGAGGAAUCUGGGGGACAUGGGCAGUAUUCGACUGUACAAACACUCGCAUAUUGGAACCAAGGAUUUGAUCGAGCGAUAUAUCGAUUCUACUCUCGACACCAUACGAGCGAUGGUCGAUAUGAGCAUGCGGGCUCUUCCGGACGGACUAGAAACCAAAGACGUACUUGAGCAAGUGGUUUACGCAAGGCAGUCAUUUGGCAGAAGUGCUCUUCUCCUUAGUGGAGGUGCUACAUUUGGGAUGAGCCAUGUGGGAGUCCUAAAGGCAUUACACCAAGCUAAAUUAUUACCAAGAAUAAUCUCGGGAGCUUCGGCAGGGAGUAUUGUCUGUGCAGUACUUUGCACUCGGAUUGACGAGGAAAUACCAGCGGUCUUGGAGAUGUUCCCUCAUGGAGAUUUAGCUGUGUUUGAGGAAGAUGGAAGAGAAGAUGGAAUACUCGAACGAGUGCGACGGCUUCUGACACAGGGGUCAUGGAUAGAAAUCAAGCAUCUGACUCGAGUGAUGCAAGAUUUACUUGGAGAUAUGACUUUCCAGGAAGCAUAUAAUCGAACACGACGGAUCCUUAACAUUUGCGUAUCUUCCGCGUCUGUGUACGAAUUGCCAAGAUUACUCAACUAUGUAACGGCACCAAACGUGAUGAUUUGGUCGGCUGUUGCAGCUUCGUGCUCUGUACCAAUAUUGUUUUCUGCGGCUCAACUCCUUGUCAAAAAUCCUGCUACUGGCGCGCACACUCCGUGGAAUCCUACUCCCCAGCACUGGAUUGAUGGUAGUGUGGAUAACGAUUUGCCGAUGACCAGGCUAGCAGAAAUGUUCAACGUUAACCACUUCAUCGUAUCUCAGGUAAACCCUCACGUGGUGCCGUUCUUGGUCAAGGACGAUGAAGCUAUCACGAAAGGUGCUCAAUCAGAUCGUCAAGGACCCGGCUGGGUAUACACUCUUACAAACCUCGCCAAGGACGAGGUUCUUCAUCGCAUGCAUGUUCUCGCUGAACUUGGUGUAUUCCCGAAUUUGGUUACUAAAGCUAGAUCGGUUCUCAGCCAGAAGUAUUCAGGGGAUAUCACGAUUCUCCCACAAAUUGAUUACAAAGAUUUCCCACGCAUGUUAAAGAAUCCUACAACCGAAUUCAUGUUACAGUCGUGUCUAUGUGGGGAGCGCGCCACGUGGCCGAAACUCAGUAUGAUCCGAAACCAUUGCGCAGUAGAAAUAGAACUAGAUUCGGCAGUCCAGAAACUUAGAGCAAGAGUCGUAUUCAGUCCUAGUCAAGUAGAUCUCCGAAGGAUGACCACAGGAAGUUUCCACGACACCAGCAAACGAAGAAGGAGAGAUAGCGGUGGCGAGCUCUCGCCGGGUAUGGAGUCGCUCAGUAAAAUACCAAACAGCAGCGACAAGCCCAAAAAAGCAGCCUCACGACCAGGUCUUAAAGGCUCAAUCUCACAAUGGAGCAUCCCGCGACGCUACCAACAACCCCUCCUAGGUCCCCGAUCAGUCCACGCAACGCCCUCCCACCCCCGCGAAAUCGACCCCUUCAACCUCAUGCAACCUCUCCACGUUCCAGACCUCCAUAUCCCAGAUCUUUCUUCAGCAACCGAAACCGCGUAUUCACCGCCGACAUCAGACGCAGAUGUCGACUCGCUUACCGAAGAUAGCACACCUGAUCGCGAGGACCCUGCGUUGAAUACCUACCGCAAUGCGAAAAAUCAGGCAUUUGGGAUCUCGGAUGAAAUUGAUUUCUUCUCGAAUAGUCAGCCGGUAACUUCGAGGGCGGAUUAUGUCAUGGCUACGUCGCCGUUGAGUAAGAGGGCUGCGGUGGGGAUGUCUCCGAUUGUGGGAGGUGAGAGGAGGAAGCUGGGGGAGGGGGUGGGCAAGGAGAAUGUUCCUUAG